GUCCUGCAUUAAAUGCUUCAGCUUAAUGAUUUCUGUAGAAAAUUUACCAAAACACGCUUUGCAGGUCUGAGCUGUGCAUGCAAGGGUAAAGGGGAUUUUAUAUUCUGGGAAAGUCUGCUGCCUCCCAUCUGUUCCUGGGGACCAGUCUGCGUGGAGUUCACCUUCCAGGCUAAAAUACCUGCCAAGAUGCUCCACUUGCAGGGUCCACAGAUGCUGCAGAUGCUAGAAAAAUCCUUGAGGAAGAGCCUUCCUGAGUCCUUAAAGGUUUAUGGGACCAUUUUCCACAUGAACCAGGGAAACCCUUUCAAGCUGAAGGCCCUGGUGGACAAGUGGCCUGAUUUUAAUACAGUAGUUGUCCGUCCUCAGGAGCAAGACAUGGUAGAUGACCUUGAUCACUACACCAAUACUUACCAAAUCUACUCCAAGGACCCCAAGAACUGUCAGGAAGUGCUUGGCUCGCCAGAAGUCAUCAAUUGGAAACAGCAUUUGCAGAUCCAAAGUUCCCAGUCCAACCUGAAUGAGGUGAUACAAAAUCUCGCAGCCAGCAAAUCCUUCAAAGUCAAGCACACAGAGCGCUUUCUCUAUGUGGUGGCUGACACUGUAAAGAAGCUAAUUCCUUCUCUGUUUGAUGUAAAGAACUUACCACCUGGUGGUGGCAAACCCAAGGCCAUCAAUCAAGAAAUGCUUAAACUCUCAUCCCUGGAUGUUACCCAUGCUGCCCUGGUGAAUAAAUUCUGGCAUUUUGGCGGCAAUGGGAGGAGCCAGAGAUUCAUCGAGCGCUGUAUCCAGACGUUCCCCACAUUCUGUCUGCUGGAGCCCGAGGGAAACCCUGUGUGCUGGGACCUGAUGGACCAGACAGGAGAGAUACGGAUGGCAGGCACCCUGCCUGAGUACCGGAAGCAGGGCCUCAUCUCCUAUGUCAUGUAUCACCAGGCCAAGGCUCUUAACAACCUUGGCUUCCCCAUAUAUUCUCACACUGACAAGAAUAACAAAAUAAUGCAGAAAAUGAAUUACAAUCUGCAUUAUAUCCGCAUGCCCUGAACCUGGAAUCAGUGGUACUGUGUGCCUCUGUGACACUGUUCUACAAACAAGUGUCAGAUGGGCCCCAACAUGUGGCUGGAGCAAUGGAUGGGUGGGCAGAGAGAAAAUAAAUUGUACAUAAUUGUAAUUAUCAGUAAAGCAGUGGGCUCUGGGGAGGCAAUGUGAAUGUCCAAUACCAUGGUCCCUGUACUCAAGUCACUGCUGGCUUCCCUUAGAUGUAUCAGGUUGAAGCAGCCCCAGGCACUCCACAUGGUUUAGUUCCCCCACGCUUCUGGGGAUCUCCAUGACACUCUCAUCAGCUGCAUGCUGCCCAGAAUGGCUUCUCCUAGAACUCAUAGGGUGUGGAUCUGUAGAGCCUUGCCAGAUUUUCCAGAGAGAGGUAAUAGUUUCUGAGCAUUAUGACUUACUCUUCUCUCUUUCUAUGGUCUUUCUCUUAAUGAUCAGCAAGUGCACUCUGCUCAGUAUGUCUGUAGAGAUUAUCCUCUCCUCUGAUUACUUCUUUCUCGAUACAUUAAAGGAUUACACACUAAUAUGUAUGAAAUACUAGGUUAAACAUAGUGUACUUGAUAUGGCAGGUUGAGUUUCGAUGAAAAAGACUAACUUAUAUUAGCCUGACUCCUCCUCACUCCCACACCAGGGAAAAGGAUUCACUGCUGCUUCUAACAGCAGAGCUUUCUAAAUCCACCCAAACCCCAAACAAUAAAGAGAUUUUGUGUUUGAUU